UGCAGCUCCUAUGACCCCCACAACUGCAGCACCUACAACGACAACCACAACCGAAGCUGCUACGACAACCAAGACUUCAGCGCCUACUACGACAACUACAACACCUACAUUACCUACUACGACAACCACAACACCUACUACGACAACCACAACUGCAGCUCCAACUACAACAACUGUAGCUCCUACGACCACCACAACACCUACUACGACAACCACAACACCUACUACGACAACCACAACACCUACUACGACAACCACAACACCUACUACGGCAACCACAACACCUACUACGGCAACCACAACACCUACUACGCUAACCACAACUGUACCUCCUACGACAACCACAACUGUACCUCCUACGACAACCACAACUGUACCUCCUACGACAACCACAACUGUACCUCCUACAACAACCACAACUGCAUCUCCAACUACAACAACUGUAGGUCCUACGACCCCCACAACUGCAGCACCUACAACAACAACUGUAGCUACUACAACCACAACUGCAGCACCUACUACGACAACUACAACCGAAACUGCUACAACAACCACGACUUCAGCACCUACUACAACAAAUACAACACCUACUAUGACAACCACAACACCUACUGUGACAACCACAACUGUAGCUCCUACGACAACCACAACUGCAACUCCAACUACAACAACUGUAGCUCCUACGACCACCACAACUGCAGCACCUACUACGACAACCACAACCGAAGCUGCUACGACAACCACAACUUCAGCGCCUACUACGACAACUACAACGCCUACAUUACCUACUACGACAACCACAACACCUACUACGACCACCACAACUGCAGCACCUACUACGACAACCACAACACCUACUAUGACAACCACAAAACCUACUACGACAACCACAACACCUACUACGGCAACCACAACACCUACUACGACAACCACAACUGUACCUCCUACGACAACCACAACUGCAGCUCCAACUACAACAACUGUUGCUCCUACGACCCCCACAACUGCAGCACCUACAACAACAACUGUAGCUCCUACGACCACAACUGCAGCACCUACUACGACAACUGUAGCUCCUACGACCACAACUACACCACCUACUUCAACAACCGCUGCAGCAUCUGCUAAAAUAACUACAACUGAUACUCCUACAACCACAUCUGUAGCUCCUGUGACCACUACAACUGCAGCACCUACUUCAACAACUACAACUGAAGCUCCUACGAUAACCACAACUGCAGCACCUACUACGACAACUACAACCGAAGCUGCUACGACAACCACGACUUCAGCACCUACGACAGCUACAACACCUACUACGACAGCUACAACACCUACUACGACAGCCACAACUGUACCUCCUAUGACAACCACAACUGUACCUCCUACGACAACCACAACUGUACCUCCUACGACAACCACAACUGUACCUCCUACGACAACCACAACUGCAUCUCCAACUACAACAACUGUAGCUGCUACGACCCCCACAACUGCAGCACCUACAACGACAACUGUAGCUCCUACGACCACAACUGCAGCACCUACUUCAACAACUACAACUGCAACACCUCCUACGACAACCACAACUCCAUCUCCAACUACAACAACUGUAGCUCCUACGACCCCCACAACUGCAGCACCUACAACAACUGUAUCUCCUACGACCACAACUGCAGCACCUACAACGACAACCACAACUGAUACUACUACUGCAACAUUAGAUUCUAUGACCACUAAAACAGCUGCACCUACAACAACAACUGUAGCUGCUAUGACAACAAAUAUAUCCCCAACCACUACAAUGUUAGCACCUACUUUGACAAUCACUUCAGCUCCUUCUACACCAACUAUAACUCUUACAACUACUACGACUGUAGCACAUACUACAACUACAACUGAACCUCUUACGAUAACCACAACUGCAGCACCUAUUACGACAAUUACAAUCGAAGCUCCUACGACAACCGCAAAUGCAGCACCAACUACAACUGCAGCACCUACUACGGCAACUACAUCUGCAGCACCUACUAUGACAAUUACAUCUGCAGCACUUACUAUGACAACCACAACUGCAGAUCCUACUACCACCACAACUGCAGCACCUACAGUGACAUCUGUAGCUCCUACGACCACUACAACUGCAGCACCUACUUCAACAACCACUGCAUCACCUACAAGAACAUCUGUAUCUACUUUGACAAACACUGCAGCACCUGCUACAAUAACUACAACUGAAGCCGCUACGGCAACCACAACACCUACUCCGACCAUUACAACAGCAGCACCUGCUACAAUAACUACAACUGCAGCUCUUACAACAACCGCAACUGCAGCUAAAGCUACAACCAUAAGUGCACCUCCUACUAUAACAUUUUUAGCUCUUAUGACCACUACAACAGCCGCACCUACAAUGACAACUGUUGCUCCGACGGCAACUAUAGCGCCUACGACCACUACAUCUACCAUACCUACAACAACUAAAGCUCUUACUCCAAUAACUGUAGCUCCUUCAACCAGCACCACAAAAGCUGCUAUGACAAUCAAUUCAGCUCUUACUACAACAACCAUUGGUCCUACCACCCCUACAACUGCAGCAUCUACUACGACAACAACUGCAGCUUUUACGAAAACCCCAAUUGCAGCUCCUACAACUGCAGCUCUAACAACUGCAGCUCCAACAACUGAGGCUCCUAAAGCUGCCACUGCAGCUCCUACAGCUGCAACUGCAGCUCCUACAACUGCAACUGCAACUCCUACAACUGCAACUCCUACAACUGCAACUCCUACAACUGCAGCUCCUACAACUGCAGCUCCUACAACUGCAACUGCAGCUCCUACAACUGCAACUGCAGCUCCUACAACUGCAACUGCAGCUCCUACAACUGCAACUGCAGCUCCUACAACUGCAGCUCCUACAACUGCAACUCCUACAACUGCAACUCCUACAACUGCAACUCCUACAACUGCAGCUCCUACAACUGCAACUGCAGCUCCUACAACUGCAGCUGAUAAUGCUGCUCUAAUUACAACAGCUAUAGCUCCUACAACCACUACAAUGGAAGCUCCUUCAACAACCACAACUCCAGCUCCUUCGACAACCACAACAAAAGCUGCUACAAAAACCACAACUGUAGCUGCUACGACCACCACAACAGCAGCACCCACAACGACAACUGUAGAAGCAACCACACCCCUCCUACUCUGUUGCUGACCACUCCUUUCAAUACCACAAGUGGAGGUUUUCCUGGCUGGGCUCUGGCCAUUAUCAUCCCUUGUGGCAUCGCUAUCAUUUUGGUACCUCUGUGGAUCCUGCUAUGUUGCAUUUUAUGUGGCGGAUGUGCAGCUAUAAGGAGACGCUGGCACAGACGCAGAUCUUACAAUGUACAGUACACCAGAAGAAACAGUCUCUUCUGAGGUGACAACGCUAACAUCUGUGGCCAAUUGUCAUCACAAGAACAGCCAAUCAUCUAUAUCUGCUAAUCACGGGACUUUAAUUCAUGGAAAAUCACUUGACUACACAGGACUGCAUCUGAGAAGAUCAAGUGAAAAUUGAUAAUAAGCUUAAAAGGCCACGUUUUUGUGCAAUGUACUACUUUUUAUAUUAUGCAUCUGAUUGUUAAUCAAAGUUACAGCUGAGCUGAAGAAAGUAUGUUUAUAUAUUUAUUAGUCAUGUCAUUUGUGGUUUCAAGCUGUGCUGUCCACUGACUAAAACAGUUAUCAUUUAUUUAUUUAAUGUAUAAUAAGCUUCAUUCCAAUAUUUGUUUGUUUGUUAUUUCCUUUCUUGAUUAACUAUUAAUGAAUUUAUUUUAAACUGCAAUACAGUACAUGUUUCUUCAACUUAUAGUUUGACAAAUGUAAUGAAAACACAAACCAGUAUUAUGUUCAAAUUUUAUGAAAAGGUUGAUUAUAGACAGCAUAUCUACACAUCAAAAGUAGUCAAAAUUGUCCGACCUGGCACCUUAAUCUAUGCAAACCUUAUUAAAGUCCCAGUUCAGUCAAAAAACAUGAUUUUCUUAUGUUUUGUAUUCAGUGCCUUCAGAACGUAUUCACACCCCUUGACUUAAGAA